UCUCUGGUAACGUUGUGAAAUUCUGUUUCAAGCUUUGUUGUGAACAAGUCGCAAUAUAGUAGUAAUGGCUGCGUUGCAAAAAAGUUUUUGUUCUCUACUCAAGUUACGUCGUUGCCAUAGUGUUCCGACUGCUCUAUAUCAUGCAAACGUUUUGGAUCACUACGAAAAUCCACGCAAUGUUGGUUCUAUGGACAAAAAAGAAAAGGACGUUGGAACUGGACUAGUUGGUGCUCCAGCUUGUGGCGAUGUUAUGAAACUUCAAAUAAGAGUUGAUGAUAAUGGGAAAAUUAUUGAUGCAAAGUUCAAAACAUUUGGCUGUGGAUCUGCUAUUGCAUCAAGCUCGCUGGCCACUGAAUGGGUUAAGGGUAAAACGUUGGAUGAGGCAAAGAAACUUAAAAACACGGAUAUUGCCAAAGAACUGUCUUUACCCCCGGUGAAACUACAUUGUUCAAUGCUAGCCGAAGAUGCCAUCAAAGCAGCAUUGGAGGACUACAAGAAAAAGCAAAAUAAACAAUAGAUUGCUUGUUGAAGUUUAGAAUAAUUUUAAUUAGAAGUUAAAAAUCCUAUAAAACAAAAAAAAUCGCUUCGUGCUUUGUAGUUAUUUUUGUUCGUGAAUGUUAUGAACAAUAAAGAAUGAUUGGGAUGUAGAAAAUCAA